UGCACGGGCAGCACGGAGCGUUCUUUCUGCAGCGCCGAGUCCCACUCAGUCCCGCACACACCGGCAUCUUCCAGGGACACCGAGCGGAAAGUCCUCGGUGCGAUCUCUGUAUAUAUAGAUAGUGACUGGGGCCCGUGGCCACACUGUGCUUCAGCCUCACCCCCGGGGGAGCGCCUUGUACUGGACUCUGACUCGCCCCAACACUGACAUGGACCCCGGGCACACGGGGAAGCCAACGAGACUGGAUUUACACUGACUGAAGCUGCUGCUGCUGCUGGGGGGAAACACUGGGACACCCGAGCUGAGAGGUGAUUGAUUUCUGUGCAUCUACCUGGCAAAAUGGAAUUGCAAGUGGCUCUCCUGAUUGUGGGAAUAAUUGCCUUCACGGACUCAGCAAGAGGUCCCCCACGCAUUUCUGACAAAGUGAUACACCGACAGACUGUGAGGCUGGGAAGAGCCAUUAAACUUUUGUGUCCGGUAGAAGCGGACCCACCUCCUCUUAUAAUGUGGAUGAAAGAUGGGCGUACUAUCCACAGCGGUUGGACAAGGUUUCGGGUUUACCAACAUGGGAUGAAAAUCAAAGACGUGGAAAGUGAAGAUGCAGGAAGUUAUAUUUGCAAGGCGACGAAUGGAUUUGGAAGUAUCAACGUUAAUUAUACACUUAUUGUAAUAGAUGACUCCAGCUCUGUAAAAACAAAUCAUCCCCCUGACGGACCCAAUGCAGAAGUAGAAGAAUCUUCCAACAAGCAGUGGGCCCGACCCCGGUUUACACAGCCAGCGAAAAUGAGGAAAAGAGUCAUUGCUAGGCCAGUGGGAAGCUCCGUACGACUGAAGUGCAUCGCUAGUGGAAAUCCCAGACCAGAUAUUACUUGGCUGAAAGACAACAAGCCGUUAACCUCUCAAGAGAUUGGGGAUAACAAGAAAAAGAAAUGGACCCUGAACCUGAAGAGCCUUAAGCCGGAGGACAGCGGGAAGUACACAUGCCAGGUUUAUAACCGGGUCGGACAGAUUAAUGCGACGUACAAAGUAGAAGUCAUCCAGCGAACUCGAUCCAAGCCCAUACUCACUGGGAACCAUCCAGUCAACACCACUGUUGACUUUGGCGGCACAACGUCUUUCCAAUGUAAGGUGCGCAGUGAUGUGAAGCCGGUGAUCCAGUGGUUGAAGAGAGUUGAGUACGGCACAGAGAACAAGUACAAUUCCACCAUCGAUGUUGGCGGGCAGAAGUUUAUAGUGCUUCCGACAGGAGACGUUUGGUCCAGACCUGACGGCUCAUAUUUGAAUAAACUCAUUAUAAACCGUGCCAGGGAAGAAGAUGCUGGAAUGUAUAUUUGCCUUGGAGCUAACACAAUGGGCUACAGCUUCAAAAGUGCAUUUCUGACUGUAUUGCCAGACCCAAAGCCUCCCAUUGCACCUGUGGCCUUGUCAAACAGCAGCCUCCCGUGGCCAGUGAUUAUCGGAAUACCAGCUGGAGCUGUUUUUAUAUUUGGGACAAUUCUUCUUUGGCUUUGUCAGACGAAGAAGAAACCAUGUUCUCCUCCAGCUGCAGCCACCAUCCAUAGACAACCAGCAAGGGUAGCCAUACCACAGAUGCCUGACAAAGAGGGCAUCUCCUCUAUAAACUAUGAUGAGUACCUUGCUCAGCAGCAGCAUUUACUAUCACAAGGACCUGUCUUAGCACCGGCCAUGGCAUCAAAAAUGUACCCAAAGAUUUAUUCAGAUAUCCACACUCACACACAUUCUCACGUGGAGGCCAAAGUCCACCAGCACCAGCACAUUCAUUACCAGUGCUAGGUGUUGGCCAAACUCAAGUGACUUAUAUUCUCAGCGGUACCUCAGAAAGACUGAUUGGUUCAGCUUACACUGCCAGUAAACAUGGAUGAAAAAAUAAUUUGAGAGCGACAAAGAGAAGGAAUAAUGAAGGAAAAUACGGCCCCAAAUUAAAAAUGGGGACAUGGUUUUAUUUGUUGUUUUAUUUGUGGGAGUUUGGUGUGAAGAAACAAUGUGUUCUAUGAAAAGCACAGGAGGGAUUCUUUGGUUGUUUCAAUUCAGGGCCAGUUAUAUCCUAAUAUUGUGUCCUGCUGUUGGUGCUUUUGGGUUUUGACCCUACUUUGAUGCCAUCCCCCUAACAGAUAAGAAUUCUUAACAGAAAGCUUGUGCUUCCAGAUGACCAGCACCAAAGGAGAAACGGUGGAAUGUCUUUCAUGCUGAAAGUUACAGAUAUGCAUUAGAUAUAAGCUAGCGUGGUCGCUUGAAGUAUGGAGAAUGUCUUCACUAUUGUCGUUAUCCUUGUUCUUGGGGGUUCUCAGGCCCCUCUAAUGUGCCUGAUUCCAGUGAUGCACCAUAGUAAAGGUGCAACAUGCCACAGAAUAAACUGUAGCCACCAACCAUAUUUAUGUUAAUACUCAUGUUGCUCCUCAAAGCCAACCUUGAUUGCAUUAGACAAUUCACCACGAAAGAUAAAACAAGCAAUUCAAACAAAAAGUGCUUGCCAUUACCAAUUGGUUGUAUUCCUUGUAUUUAAAUAGCUUAUUUCAAAAUAGUCAUAAUAAUAAUAAUAUUGUAAUAUGUGUAAGUCGAUAAGAGCAAUAGCUUCUCAGCGGCUUUGCAAUAUGACUUUUAAUCAUGUCGGGAUGAUACAAACUUUAUAAAACGAUCCAUGAAUAUAGAAACCAUGUAAUUCUAUAUAGAUUUUAAACUAAAGCCAUGUAUAUUUAAUUUAUUUUGUUAAACAGAAAAAAAAUAAUGUCUAUGUAAAAUAUUAUUUUCAUCAACCGGUAAUUUGUAUAGAUAUUUUUGAGUGAAUAUAUAUAAGGUUCUGUAUUUUUUUUCUUUCUGCUGUGACUCUUUAAAAAUGAACAAUGUAGCAGGAGGCAAGGGUGGCAAUUUAAAGAUGCCUGUGAGCAUUAAGGGGCCCAUUCAUUAAGUUCGAGUGAAGGAAUAGAAGAAAAAAGUUCGAAGUGUUUUUUUGGCUACUUCGACCACGACUUCGAAUCGAACGAUUCGAACUAAAAAUCGUUCGACUAUUCGACCAUCCGAUAGUUGAAGUACUGUCUCUUUAAGAAAAAACUUCAACCCCCUAGUUCACCACCUAAAAGCUACCGAACUCAAUGUUAGCCUAUGGGGAAGGUCCCCAUAGGCUUGGCUAACUUCUUUUGGUCGAGGGAUAAUCCUUCGAUUGUUGGAUUAAAAUCCUUCGAAUCGUUCGAUCGAAGUAUUUGCGCAAAAUCCUUUGACUUUGAUAUUCGAAGUCGAAGGAUUUUCAUUCCCCAAUCGAAUAUCGAGGGUUAAUUAACCCUCGAUAUUCGACCCUUGAUGCAUUUGCCCCUUAAUGUCAAAAUGGGGCUUAUUUACCAAAAGGUCCCCAACUAUUCCAUCUUUAAAUUGCCACCUGAGCUGGAGUUUUAUUUUUGUGUACAUCUAAAAAAAAAAUGAUGUGAAUUUAUCCUUGCCAACAAAUUAUUGACAAUCUUGUACAGUAAAAUUCCCCAAACUCUUCCCAAAGAUACUAUCUUUUUUUAAACUUUUACAGAGGGAAAAAGACAAAAAAGAAAGAGAGACUUACUAUAUCCUGGAGCUUCCUUUUAUAAUUGUUAAUAACACCAACUUGCCUUACUAUACGUGUUAUAUCACUGUAUCAGCCAUUUUCUCAAAAAUGAUUAAUAUUUGGAGCAAUUCAAGUUGUUUCCAUUUUCCUACAUUUUAUUCUUGGAAGGGCUCUUUAAGAAAAGGACCCCCCUAAAAGACAACUAUCCCUCAGAAUUUGAGAGAGCCAAUAAUUACCGAUCAUUAAUUCAAUGUUUUCUUUAAUUAUUGUAUUAAAACAAAAUUCAAUUUCAUCCUUGAAUACCACAGUGGUCUCGAAAACAUUUCAGUAUCUAUUGGUCUGUGAAAUACCCAGAUGGCCCUCUUGGCACCAUUUCUGUAAUGCCAUAAUAAAGAUCCAGUUUCCGUGUAGGUUUUUUUUAAAUAAGAUUUUAUUUUUGGUAAAUACUUCUAAAAUAAAAGAUUGUGUUUUUUUUUGUAAAUGUUAGAAUAUUUUGCGUAAUGAAGCUAAAUGCCUGAAAUGUCCUCUGUAACUGCUCCCUGUUUUUGCAUUUAGGUAUGUGAAAGUGUAUAUUAUACAUUUUUGUAUAGUAAGAUGUGUAUAAAAUAAAAUGUGCCAUUUGGAGCUUUCAUAAAAUCUG